GAACUGCGUGUGCUUCGUCUGCGCCGUAGGCAUAACUCAUUAUAUACAUACGGGCAAUCUCAUAUAGACGCACGAGUUGUAGUCGCAUCGCACACAGCCUCGACUCGAAACUUUAACUUGGGGAGUCCAGAGUGCGUGUAGCUGCUACCUCCAUUUUGUGCGUGUGCGGUUAGUUUUACCUAGCACACAAAAGCCGUUCACGUCUCGGCGUUGGUGUUGGUGUGUAGCUCAACCCAACCAAUUUUACAUGUUGCUACAUUAUUAUCGUUCGUGAGAUAGCAGCAUAAAAUAACCCUGCCGAGUGUCGUCGGUCGAAUCCACGUGAAGGACGCAAAAUGACGCAGUUCUUGCCACCAAAUUUGUUGGCACUGUUUGCGCCGCGGGACCCUGUCCCGUACCUGCCACCAGUAUGCAAGCUGCCCCACGAAAAGAAGACCUCAGGUUAUCUCGGUGUAGGAUCGUUUUUAAACAAUUUCGAGGACCCAAAAGACACUCCUCCACCUGUGCGAGUGGAAACAAGAGAAGAAAGAUUAGAGAGAAGACGAAGAGAACGCAAUGAGCAAGUUGCGUAUAAACUCGAGCAAGAAAUUGCUGUGUGGGAUCCUGCAAGUAUACCAAACGUUACUACGGACCCAUUUAAAACAUUAUUCAUUGCUAGAAUAAAUUAUGACACAUCAGAAUCAAAAUUAAGGAGAGAGUUUGAAGUUUAUGGUCCAGUGAAAAAGAUCAUUGUAAUUCACAAUUCAAUAAAUGGAAAACCCAGAGGGUACGCAUUUAUAGAGUACGAGCAUGAACGGGACAUGCACUCUGCUUAUAAGCAUGCGGACGGUAAGAAAAUAGACGGUCGUCGAGUUUUGGUGGACGUCGAGCGCGCCAGGACAGUCAAGGGCUGGUUACCAAGGCGACUCGGCGGUGGUCUUGGCGGUACGAGGCGAGGCGGCCCCGAGGUCAACAUCAAGCACUCAGGCCGAGAGGACAACGAGCGGGAGCGCGAGCGCUAUCGACUGGAACGUGAGCGCGAGGCCAUCCGAGCCCCUGACCGUGAUAGGGACAGGGACCGGCUGGACCGCGACAGACGUCGAUCGUCGCGCGACCGCAAAUCGCGCAGGAGCAGGAGCCGCUCGCGCGACCGCAAGCGCCGCCGUAGUCGCGACCGCAUGGCCGAUCCGGAGAUCGAGGAGCUCGAUCGGCCGCCCAGGGACCGUAGGGAUCGCGAUCGGGAGCGCGACCGGGAUCGCAAGCGCAGCAGCCGGCGCGCCUCGUCGCGAAGCAACGACCGUAGCGAGCGCAAGGCGGAGCGCGAGCACCGUCGGGACAAGCGCGACCGCGAGCGAGCCGACCGCGGCGAUCGCGUCCGCGACCGGGGCGAGCGUAAGGAGCGCGGCGAGCGCGGGCCCGACCGGGCGCCACCGGGCCUGGACGAGGAUAACAAAGACGGCAUUCGCAUCAAGGAGGAGCCCGUCGACGAUUAUCCCGAGUACAACUAUUUUGCACAAGUCAAAUACGAAGACUCCGAUCAGCCGGAGGAGAAAUACCGUAUUCCUGAAAAUUCUCGACCCGAUCAAGGUUACAAUUAUGACUCGAUUACCGACUAUUAAAGUAUAAAAUGACAACAAUCUUAUUCACGCGUAAUUUUCGGUGUGAAGUUUCGCAUCAUUCAAAACAAAUUUUCAAUGCUCUGCAAUAAUACCACCAAACUCACGACUUCAAAAUAGUAAAUAAAAAAAAAAAUUCAUCUCAGCCAGGUUGGAUUGUAUCACUUACCUAUGGCAUUAAUUUUUCUAUUAUACUAAUUAUAUCUCGCCUAUCCUCUUAAUAGAUAAAAUUAGUUAUAAAAUGAAUCACUUUAUUGUGAUUUGGGUUCAUGAACUGUAGAGAUAAUCGCUUAUGUGGGAUCAGAAAGUACUAUAUUUUUAAUCCUAAGGUAGUGAUUAUUUCAGAGUUGAAUGGUAAUUUUAGAUAAAAAACUAUGUAUAUAUUUGUAAAACUUAUUAUUAAAAUAUAAUUUCAGUCAAA